AUGCAUCCUGGCGCAAGAGAAGACGGCAAUGUGGAGACCACCCAGUGCUGUGGAUCGACGCGGGUCCAGACAAAAGGGCAACAGACCUCUACAACUAGUUACCCACAGUCUAUCAUGGUGGUCCAUUCCAUGCCAACAGGGGAGAAGAUUCAUUGUGAGAGCUACUUGAUAAAUACGAAGCCGGACAGAGCUGCACUUACUGACACCGUGGCAGGGACUUCUCCUAGUUUUGCACCGACCAGAAAACGCUACAAAAGCACAACGGAUAUUCCUUAUCGAGGCAGUAUUUGCUUGCUACCUCCCUGCGCCCCUGGAGUCACAGAUGAAGAGCAGAACAUCUGGCGGCGCUGUUCAUUGAGCGAGGCCAACAAUGUCUCACAAUUCCGUCGUCAUGCCCUCAGUGUCCCCAACAUGGGCUCUUCCAGUCCCCUUCAUUUCACCCACAGCAGCCCUCUCCACACCAACCCACUCUCACCAGCACACAGCAACAUAUCUAGCCCUGGAAGGGAGAUGGAGAGGCUUGCAAAGGCUCGAAGUAAACUCCUAGAAAGUGAAAGCAACCAAACACCCAGACUUCCUCCUGAAACCAGAGAGCAACUUCGUUACGUGUCCAAGGAUGGAAAGUGCAGAGUCAAUCUAGGCCACAUUGAUGAAAGGGGGCGUUUUCUUUCUGAUAUCUUCACCUCUUUUGUGGACCUCCAAUACCGCUGGUUUCUAUUUGUUUUUAUGAUGUGCUAUAUUACAACCUGGUUCCUAUUUGCUGGCCUUUACUAUGUUAAUGCAUCCAUUCGGGGUGACCUAGGUCAAGAACAACCUCUUGGUACAACUCGGAAACAGUACGUAGGCCAAAAUCACUGCUAUUUGGGAAUAGACGGUUUCAUAUCGGCUCUUCUGUUCUCCGUGGAGACACAGCGUACCAUUGGUUAUGGCUCACGGACGGUUUCCCCCACCUGCCACGAGGGCGUGCUGCUGGUCAUGAUGCAGUGCAUCGUAGGCUCCAUGAUAGAUGCUCUCAUGGUGGGCUGCAUGUUUGUGAAAAUAUCUCGUCCCAAAAAGCGAGCCGAGACGCUUCUUUUCAGCCGGACGUGCGUCAUUGCAAACCGCGAUGACCAGCUAUGCCUGAUGUUUCGCCUCGGAGACCUGCGCGAGAGCCACAUGGUGGAUGCAAAGGUUCGAGCAAAGUUGAUUAAGUCCCGCCAGACAGCCGAGGGGGAAUUUCUACCACUGGAGCAGACAGAGAUUGACCUCGGAUAUGAAACUGGAUCAGACCGCCUCUUCCUGGUUGAACCUCAAGUCAUUCAACACAAUAUUGGUGCAAGCAGCCCCCUGUGGGACCUGGGCCCGGUGCAACUCCGACGACAGCAGUUUGAGAUAAUUGUGAUAUUGGAGGGGAUAGUCGAGGCCACAGGAAUGAUGUGCCAAGCCAAAACAUCUUACAUAGAAACAGAGAUUGAGUGGGGCGCUCGCUUUGAACCCUGCAUGACGCUGGAGAAAGGCUCAUUUCGAGUGGAUCUGCGUAGGUUCCACACCACAUACAAGGUACCGCUUCCAAACUGCAGUGCCAGUCAAGCACACCAGUUGAUGGUUCUGGCAGGGUGCAAAGUCCAAAGCCACACCACCUGCGGGGAGUGGGAUGCUUGGGCAGAGGGAACAGCUGUAGAAGACAAAGACAAGUCUCCGUCUAACAUUCGGUUUACCAUAGGUGACAUUCAGGAGGAAAGAAUGUCAGAAGGUAAUGAAAGUGAAGCAAGUGCUAAGCAGAUGUGAUAGAAUGUUUUACAGGACUGUUAACUUCCUCCUCCUCACUUUAAAUAUGCAUAGACCCAUUUAUUAAUAAAAACUCAA